AUGCUUUCUCUAAGCGUCGCCCACGAUUUUCCAUCCCGUCGCUCCCGCUCGCACUCCUCCCGCCUCUCCUGCACCUCCCGUCGCCCCCACUCCUCCCUUCGCUCCCGCUCCUACCGUCCCUCCCGUCUCUCUUCGCAUCCCUCCCAUCCCUCCCGUCCCACCUGUCCCUCUCGUCGCUUCCAUCCCUCCCGCCCCUCUUGUCACUCCCGUCGCUUCCGCUCCUCCUGUCGCCCACGUCGCUCUCUUCCCUUCGGUCCAUCCCGUCCCUUUCCGCCUCUCGCCUUCCUGCCCUUUUUUUUUCUCCCCCUUCCCUACGUGCAGCCACCCCGCCUCCCUACGCGCAUUUCCCCCCUUCCAUGCGCGCAUUCCCCCCAUUUCCCUACACGCAGUUUCCCCCCUUCCCUACGCGCAGUUCCCCCCUUCCCUACUCGGGGCUUCUCCCUUCCCAUCUCGCAGUUCCAACCCUCCAAUCCCUCAACUUACCCAGUCUCGCGUCCCUCUUUCCCCUCUCUUCCGUCCCGUCUUUCCUACUUCCAUCCAUCCCUUUUCCGCCUCUCCACUCAUUCUCUUGCCCUUUUUUCGUAUCCUGAUUGCCCGUCAGUCCCUGCUGUCCCUUCCUCUCUCCCAUCGCUCACUCACACCCAUCGCUCACUCACACCCAUCGCACACUCACACCCAUCGCUCACUCACACUCAUCGCUCACUCACACCCAUCACUCACUCACACUCAUCGCUCCCUUCCCCUCCCUUCCCCAUUUUUCUUAUCUCCUCCGUUCUGUUCCUGCCCAAUUUUCUCCUUUCCUCUUCUUUCAUUCGGUCCCUCCUCUUUUCCCCCCGUAACCUAAUUUUCAAACACUCCCCUCCUCUCCCUUCACUCUUUUCACCCUUAUCCUCACACACCUCCUCCUCCCUUCCCUCCUUUCUCUCCCUGAACCCUCUCUUACCCCCCCUCUCCCUUCUUCCCUUCCUUCUCAUUUCCUCCUUUCCCCCUCUUCGCCUCUCCUUCCCUCCCUCACUGCCCCUCUCUCUUCGCCCCUCCUCCCUUCCCUCUCUACUGGCCCCGUCGUUCCCUUCCCUCUCUUCUCUGCUCAUCCUUUUCCCCCCUUGCCCUCUAAUUCCUUCACUCCCAAGUUCUGGUUUUCACACAUCGCACCCAACUUGUGCCCCCACAACGUGCAUGUGCAGCACCACCACUCACCUUUCAAUUCACGCUUGUGUUGUGAACCGGACGAGUGAUGAUUGGCAACCAGGUGCUUUAGAGGAGCUUAUUUAG